CCUGUCGAGAACUUCUCUUCCUCUGCAACCAACUGCAAGUCCUUCGUCCAGCUUCACAUGACUGCCACCGACGCAAGCCUUCUUCCACAGUUGGUUUUCUGCCAGUUAUCGGCACCGUUUCCCAAUAGUCCACAAAUCUUCGUUUCGUGCAUGCGCGUCCUGUUUUCUGUUGACCAAGUCUUCGAAGCCUAUCAACUUCAGACGAGUUUCUGCUUGUUGAGUAGCACAAGUCAAAUAGUUUCCGGAUUUUGAACGGACGGGUGGUGUCGUGAAGAUAUCGAAUCAAUUUCUGACAGCAUGGAAGAGGCGAGCGUUUUGAAGGGAUAGCAAAUUUCAGUUUUUUCACUCCGCCCAUCGGCAUAGUUGUUACCAACAUUUUUGAAGGGGAUUACGGGUUGGGAUUCAAAAUUGAGCAGGAAGUGAGAAAGAGAGCAUCGAAGAGCGAUGCCGUUCCAAUUCCCAGCAGAGGUUUAAGGAAUAGGGUUUCAAAGCAAGAAAGUCAUUCGACAGUGAGAUGGGGUUUGGCCAAAAAUUAGCAGAAGCGGAAUCUGGAGUUUGUUAGAUGGUCGUGAAAGACUCUGGCAAAGUCGUUGAGAAAGUCGGUGUAUCCCUGGAAUGUUGUUGCAGUGAUACAUAUGCUGGUGCAUCAUGCCUGGAAUUUCCCAUGGACCGCGUUUGUCACAACAAUUAAGUUCUCAGAGGAUUCUCUUUGUCACGACAGCGCUCACCCUCUGUUUGGCUCUCUUCGCUUUCAUGACCCAAUGGACCGACAGAGAUCUAGACGAUUCUGCUCAACUUGGAGAGAUUGCUGGGGGUGAUGCUCGUUUUUCAAGAGCAAAAGAUCCUGUGAACUCGCAUUUGGGUGGGCGGUUUGGGACGAGUUCAGUGUGUGGAAAAGUCCAGGCCUCUCACAAUGGGAUGCUCCCGAAUCACAUCGGAUGGCAGCAUGUAACUCAGAAAGAACAAUCUUCUAAGAUAGCUAUUACUUCAAGCACAUCGGCUGGCCUAGAGCAGAUCCUGCCCUGGCUAUACUAUCAUCGGGUUGUGGGUGUCACACACUUCUUUCUUUUUGUUGAGGGACAGGCUGCGUCUUUGAAUUCGACAUCGACUUUGGAAGCUAUUCCUGGGGUGAAGAUCAUUCAUCAUACUGAAGAGCUACAAAACCAGCAGGCUAAAAGCCGUAUAUGGAACGAGACUUGGCUAUCUGGCUUUUUCUGGAAACCGUGCAACUAUGAGCUUUUUGUCAAACAGUCUCUCAACAUGGAAACGGCUAUUGUAUUUGCAAGGGAGAUUGGCAUCGAUUGGAUAAUUCAUCUUGACACUGAUGAAUUGUUGCAUCCAGCUGGAGCCCCGGAAUACUCCGUGCAGCGGUUGCUUCACAGUAUUGCUGCCGACGUUGAUAUGGUGGUUUUCCCCAACUAUGAGAGCGCAAUUGAGCGAGAUGAUCUUGAGGACCCCUUCCGUGAGGUAACCAUGUUUAAGAGAAACUAUGAUCACGUAUCUAAAGAGACUUACUUUGCCCUAUACAAAGAAGCUACUCGGGGCAAUCCCAACUACUUCUUGACCUACGGGAACGGUAAAGCUGCGGCCCGCAUAAAAGACCAUUUGCGACCUAAUGGUGCUCAUAGGUGGCACAAUUACGCUAAAGCGCCAAAUGAAAUCAAGCUUGAUGAGGCUGCAGUAUUACAUUAUACAUACGCAAAGUUUUCAGAUUUGACAUCGCGACGCGAUCGAUGUCACUGCAAACCAACCAGGGAGGAUGUGAAGCGGUGCUUCAUGCUCGACUUUGAUCGGGAGGCUUUCAUUAUUGCUUCUACAGCUUCAGAAGAGGAGAUGAAGCGCUGGUAUAGGGAACACGUGGUAUGGGCUGACAAGGAACUGAACCUAAAACUGAUGCGCAAAGGGCUAUUGACACGGCUGUAUGUUCCUCAGGCGAUUAUGCAAGGUUUACAAGUUGCAGGGGUGUUCAGGAACGCGGUGCAAGUAGGCCAGGACCGUCUUGCGAAGUCUCUAAAACAGGAACACAGUGUCUUCAGAUCUUCCAGCUCUGCAAAGUUUCUAAAUGGCAGCACCAGUGAAGGCAGGCUGGUUUCAGAAGCAAUUCCAAAUGAGUUUUUGAGCAUAAAUGAAGCCAGCACAACGGCUGCAAUGCCCCCUCUCUCACCUCCAAGGUUGCAUCACUUGGGCUCAAAUUUUUCAAGUAGUUUUGAGGGCAGUCAAUGACGCUCUUACAAGUAAAAAAAUCGGACAUUUUGUUGUUUUUGGGCUCCCCAAAAAACUGGGUGAGGUUUAGUUUGCAAAGUUACGUGUGAGAAUUAUGUGAUUCGCAGUCUGGAUGCAUGAGCAGGUUCCUGAAUCUGCCAUGAACAGAGUUUGAGGCUCAAGCAGCUCCAUGAAUACAUUAUGGUCCUCCUCUUUGCUCUAGAGUAUCCAAAUAUAUUGUUCACUGCUUUCUAAAUUCUUGCUAAGCUCUAGUCUAGGUUUUGGUUAGCCGGAGGUUUGUUGGGUUUUAUUUCCAACAUCAGAUGCUAUUUAAUUUGAUCCUGAUAUUUGAUUAGAACAUUUUAAUUUUUUUAGGGUAGCACCAUCCGAUUUUCAACAAGGUGAAAAUUAUUGUAUUA